AUUUUACGCCCGAAGUUGACGGUGUGGGUGUCUCGAAGGUGGCGCCCGUGGAAGACAGGAACCCUUUCGGCUUUGCUUUCAUACAGGAGUCUAGGGCAACGUCCCACGAACAGAUACCGUGCUAUCCACCAACAUACUAGAAAGGGCUCUCUAUGGAAUAGGGGAUCACGUCACUAUGGCCCGUGCGACCUUGUCUGCUGCAGUAUGCGCCCUGCUGAUCUGCACCUUCAUGGGCAUGGUUACAGUGACAACCCAGUCAGCUGCUGCUGGUCCUUCUGCCACCGCCACGUUCAUCAAUUACAAUGCAGGACAUGAUUAUGAUGAUGUCAUGCUUGACAUUGAUGACGGUAUGCUCGACGAGGAUGAUAUCAUGGACGAUCAGGAGGUCAUGGACGAUCAGGAGGUCCUGCUUGAUGCUGAUCACAUGGAUGAUACGGACGCUGAUGAUAGGGCGGCUUGCCAAAGGAACCUCCAAAGGACUUGGAAAGCUCACCAAAGGAAUUUCCACUAAAGGCAUCGGCCGUAUCAUCUCCAAGACAACCAAGGGCCUGCGGAAGGGCGUUCGCAAGGUCAUCUCUGGAGCAACGAAAGGAGCAGGUGGCCUGAUUGCCAAAGGAAUCGGUUCGCUCGUCGCUAAAGGAGCUGGUAGGCUUGUCAGCAAGGCCGCCAAGAAGUUCAUCCCCAAACGCCUGGCAAAGGCAGUGAGGAAGACGCUACUGAACGAGAAAUUCAUCAAGGUGGUGGACAAGAUGGGGAAAGUAGUAAACGUGGUCGGUGGGCUGUGCUGCACGGUGGGAAUGGCAGUGCCUGUAUACGGCGUGUCAUGCUGCAAGGGCGCCAAGGUGGGCAAGCAGGUCCUCAACGGGCUUAGGCUCGCACAGCGAAUAGCCAAACCACUGGUUAGUGAAGAUGAACACCGUCGUAGUCCUCCCUACAUGUACUUGUACGUGUACUACGCAAACAAUGGCCGUUAUCCAAUGCCAUCUGUCACCUACCCUACACCUCAUAUGAUCAGCUUAGUAGAUCGCCUACAAGACGUGGUCUGCUCCAUGGCAAGCCUGCAAACAACCUGCCAGUCAGGCAUCUACCGGAAACCAAUCGCGCACCAAGUCAUCAGCCACCAUUUCCCAAAUGCCGUCACAGCGGCCAAUUCCACGCUUUACUCAGUGCGAGAUAUGGUUAGCGUGCAACAGCCGCCUCGACGCUUCACGUAUGGCCGCGUAAGGAAGCCUUCGCCUCAGGACAAACUAUGCCAAACACGUCGUCAACGACUUCCUCUCUGUUCCACCUCGACUGCAGUUGCAGGAGGAGCAUGCAGAGUUGGUGCGCAACGACCAUCAGGAGUAUGGUGUGCAUCCCUGCAGCUGUCAGCACUUCACCAGCUAAGCGAGCUCAUGGUCGACCUCACCCGUGCUCUGCAAUCCACUACUUUCCCACAGGCAAUCAGGUAUUACUAGUUACCCGAACCGGUCCUGCCCUUGGGCAGAACGCCCAAAAUUCGGGGUGAAUCGCCUCGGUCCCACUGACUUCGAAGCCUAUAAUAUCACUCAUUUGUUAUUACUUGUUACCCGAUCCGGUCUUGCCCUUGGGCAGAACGCCCACGAUUCUGGGUGAAUCGCCUGAGUAACACUUACGUCGAAGCCUGUCAUAUCACUCAUUUCGGCACAUGACAUUGCGGAACAGGACACCAGCUGUACAAGAAGCUGUUUCAUGGCCUAGCUUCAUGUUAAUUGUUGCCCAUUUUGCGUUCAAACCCUCUUCAUGCUUGUGAUGUUAGCAACUCAACGAAUGUGUUCUCUCUCAAUCCAAUUAGCGGGGAAGCAUUUUAGUGCAAAGAUCGCUUUUUUUUUUCUUUUUUUACAAUGAUCACAGCUGCCCGGCAAAGACAAAAACUGCAUAUUGGGAGUUUUAUGUUUUUUAUUUUUUUAUAGUGUGGUUUGUUUAUCGUAGUUAGAUCACUCUGGCGUUAGAGUUGGAAUUCAGUCUAAGAUUGCUUUGUUUUUCAGUAGACUUCAUUGCAUGCUUCACACUCUCAUGUAAUAUUUCUUUCCUUUCUUCGUCUUUUUUUGUGAGAGCUUGGACAAUCAACAUGUCCAACACACACCACUCAAAGAGUUGGUGGACAAGCCGUUGAUUAUUCACUCUCAUUGUAAUAUCAAAAAGUAUUCUUUCUAGACCAAAGAGUGGUAUAUUUGAUAACAUUUAAUAACGAUAGAAAUUUUUACGAUACUUCUCCAGACGUUUCGUUGUUCUGAACAACAUCGUCAGUGGAUAAAGAAGAAGAAGAUUCUUUAUCCACUGACGAUGUUGUUCAGAACAACGAAACGUCUGGAGAAGUAUCGUAAAAAUUUCUAUCGUUAUUAAAUGUUAUCAAAUAUACCACUCUUUGGUCUAGAAAGAAUACUUUUUGACACACCACUCACACAGACACACAGACACACAGACAAUCCACUUGUCCAUGCAAGAAGACAGCAGUGCCUGUUCAUUCUGGUGAAGUAAAAUAAAAUAAUUAUACCACCCAACCAACUUCAUUGCGAUCGGUUUUGCCAGUAACUUUGAGCCCUGCUGAGGAGACCUAGCAAGGUUUAAACAGCUGUUCAUGUUCAGAGAUUGAGUAAAAGAGUGCUAUUCGCAAGCUCUCGCCUUUCAGUACUCCCGCAACCAUUAGUUCACUGAUCAAAUCUGUAUGACCCAAUGAGCAUUGUGAAUGAAUGACCGCAAAUGUCUUCUUUAACUUUGA